GAGACUGUAAUUUGACGAACUGUUAUUAAUGUGAUAGCACGAGGCAGCACGAGACUUGUACCACAUUUUGUUGACUCUAAUAAGUUAUUAUAAACUGUACACACAAAUUACGGUCGAAAAGAAACGACUUUCGAUUGAUUCAAUCGUACAUUUUUGCCAUUUUAUUCAAUCCUUGGACUAUGGAAAGUGGAGGUGCAGGAGAAGGAGAAAUGGGUGGGCCACGAAACACUCAGCAAGCAGGAGCGAGCAAAAAGUUGCAACAAACGCAAGCAACAGUGGACGAAGUUGUGGGUAUAAUGAAGGUUAACGUGGAGAAAGUGUUGGAGCGAGAUCAGAAACUCUCAGAGCUUGAGAAUCGCGCUGACAUCCUUCAACAAGGCGCAACGCAAUUCGAACAACAAGCCGUAAAAUUGAAACGGAAAUACUGGUGGAAGAAUCUCAAAAUGAUGAUUAUCAUUGGCAUCAUCUGUGUUGUUAUCUUAAUCAUCAUCAUUGCUUCGGUUGUACCAAGUUCAUCUUCAGACAAUCCUGAUAAUUCUCCAUGAUAGCAUUA